GCAGUUGCUCAAGUCGUAUUCAGCGUUGCUAAAUGUACAAAAAGAAGAAAAGUGCCAAGUUGGCAACUUGGCAUCCAUGUUGUGUGUGUCGCGGAGGGUUUUGGGUGUCAGCGGCCCAAUUGCGAAAAGCGAGGUGUCGUUUUCGUCGUGGUGUCGAGGCUCACGUUGCAGUGCCGUGACUCCACCUGCAGGCCCCGCCCCCCCUCCAGCUGUCUUUUAUCGCUCAUCACACAUUUGAAGGGAAAAACGCGUCCAACGAGAAGAAGCAGCAGCAGCAGCCUCCGCCGCCUCCUCACGGAGAAAAAAGUUGCGUCAUGGAGGACAACGCGGAAGGAGGGGCCGGACGGCGGCCCGAGUUCCCGGGACGGCUCCCGAAGAACGUCGGGCCGCGAGAACGGGCCGGACGCGAGGAACGCACAUCGGCCCGGAGCGACGACGAGCUGGAGACGACGGGCAGGAUGUUGGCGGCGCGGGAGGAGGAGCUCCUGAGCGGGGGCCGGCCCGGCGAGGAGCGUGCGGAGCGGCUGCGGCGAGACCUGGAGGUCCUGAAGCUGCGCGCCCUGACCGCAGUCCGGCGGAGCUUCGCUUGCGAUGACCCCGACGACCUCGCCGACCAGCUGAGCGGGGCGGCGGCCGCCGUGCGGCUGCAGGAGGAGCUGGACCGGCGCUGGGCGGGCGGCGGCGGCGCCCCGCCGUGGCGACCUCUCAAAUGCCUGGCCUCUCACAACGCCCUGCUCGCCGACGUGGCCGAGUCCAGGCUGGAGGAGGCCGCCCGAGACGGGGAGCGGGACGGGGCCUUGCGGCUCUCCACGCCCGUCAAGAGGCGGGUGUGCGGCAUGGGCGAGCGCGUGAAGGCCGACCUGCUGCGCUGCGCGCGCGUGCUGCAGCCGUGUUACGGGCCUCACUUGGACGUGCUCAACAUCUACGCCGCUUUGUGCGUGCGCUCGCUCUCCGCUCAGCUGAGCGGCGUCAUCCGAGGCGGCUUGGAAGCGGACGACUGCGCCUACCUGCUCUUCUGGGUCAACACCUUCUACCCUCAGGAAAUCCUGCAGCACGAAGAACUGCGCGACAAGUUAAAGACGGCGUGUCUGGGCGCUCUGCUGCGGCGGGAUGAGGUGCGGCGGCUGGAGGAGCGCUACGCGAGCAGCCAGGAGGAGCGAGUCUCCUUGUGGCUGCUUCGAGUCCUCCGGAGAGAAGAAGAAAAGUGGAGCGGCGCCGGCAUGCCGGAAGUCUUGGACGACGACUACUUCUGCCCGCUGGCCGUCGACGUCAUUCAGGUGAUAGACGGAUCCCUCGCCGACUUGCGCUGCGUCCUCGGCGACGAUGGCGCCGGAUGUCACGAGGUCGCGGCUCACCUGGAGCGCUUCCUCUUCAGGUACCAGAAGGCUUUGGGGAAGUUGGCGCGGAGGAAGGACGAGCGCGCGUCAGCGUGGAUGAAGGCUCACUCGGCCUGCGAGGAGCAACUCAGCGAGUACGUCGGAAGUCAACUGGUGGCGACUCAAAGAGGAAGAAGGUCCUGCGCUCGCGCUCAGGGCUGCGGCGACGGCUCGCGCUCGGCGCCGAUGCUCCGCCACCUGGCCAACGCGCUUCGCCUGCACCGACCGGAAGCCGUUCGGCAAGAAAUCGUGGCUUUCGCCGGGAAGUUCCCGGGCUUCAGUGAGGCGGCGCUGUCGGCGCUGCUCGCCCUCAAGUCGGACAUCUCGGCGGCAGACGUCAGCUCCAUCAAGCGCGGCGUGGAGGAGGAGCUAGCCUCCGCCAAUCGCGGGCGGGCGCCGUUGGCCUGGCUCAAAAGGAACAAAAGCGCAAGCCCUGGGACUGAAGCCACUUGAUUGCGUUUGCGUUUUUUGACAGCACAAAAUGCGUGACGGACGGACGGAAGGACGCUUUGUGCUCAUUUUGGAGUUGGGUGGGACUUGAAUGCAUUUGUCCAUUCGAGGCGCU